AUGGUUUUAAUCAAGAAUAUUGACGAUAUUCGAAAUAAGUCUUUUGACUAUAUUAUCGUCGGAGGCGGAACGGCGGGCUGCGUUCUGGCGAAUCGGUUAUCCGCGCAAAAGCAUAUUGAAGUGCUGCUUUUAGAAGCAGGCACUGAGGUUGCCCAAGAGCUGGAAGCGAGUAGAAUCCCUGGCUUGUCCGGUCGUUUGAGAAAGUCGGAAAAUGAGUGGUGCCUACGAACCACCACUCAGGACAAGAUCAACGAUCGAAGUUUGGAUGUUCCCCUGGGGAAAAUGCUGGGCGGUUCCAGUGCCAUGAAUGCUACCGUGCUCCAUCGAUGCAGUCCCAGUGAUUAUGACGCAUGGCAAAUCAAAGGCUGGACCUACGAUGAUUUGCAGCCGUACUUUGAGAAGGCCGAAAAGUAUCACGCCAGUUCUGCAUCAAAAGUCAAUGGUCACGGUACCAAUGGCCCUAUGCAUACGUCGGAUGUGGAGGUGGGACCUCUCGGUGUUCCGUUCAGAAAUGCUUGCGCUUCUCUAGGAUUGAACUUUUACGAAGAUAUGACCUUGAUGCGAACGCAGAUUGGCGUGACCAAUGUCCACGCCAUGAUCCAUCGUGGCCAACGGUCUUCCACGAGCGCUUCUUAUAUGACGGCUGAAGUUUUAGAACGACUGAAUCUUACGGUGGCACUUGGGUGUCAGGUCCAAAAGAUCGUUAUUGAGAAACAGCGUGCAACCCAUGUGCGAUUUACUCUGAAAGGUUCUCAGGAAAACUUACUGGUGUCCGCUCGACGUGAGAUUAUUGUGUGUGGAGGAGCUAUUCACUCUCCUCAUCUAUUGAUGCUGAGCGGCCUUGGUUGUGCUCGACAACUGGCGGAUCACGGAAUCGAGGCUAUCAGGGACCUUCCUGGCGUUGGGGCCAAUCUUCAGAACCAUUGGCGAGUACCUUUUGUCCACGAAACGACAAAUCCUAAACAGUCGCUUCACGGCGGCCUAUUUCGAGAUCCCCACAGUCUUGUUGAUGCCCAGAACGGCAAAGGCGCUUUAACGAGGGCAUGGCCUGAUGCCGUCGCUUAUUUCAAUAUACCGGAUUGUCCCAGUAAUAGUAGCCAUGCAGCGGAUGCUCCCCAGUUUGAAUUAUUCACGGGAGGUAUCGCGCUUUGUGAUUUAUUGCCUCAACUGCAUGAUGUGGAUUGCGCUACGCUACUACUUGUCUUACUCGCUCCAUUUUCUCGUGGCAGCGUGAAACUGGGACCUAUCGUGGAUCCGGGAUUAUUGCAAGAUGAGCGUGACGUGGAAUGUUUCCAUAAAGGAUUGCAAUAUGUACUGCAAAUCGCGAAUGACGACGCGUAUAAGCCAAAUAUCAAGCGAUGGAUUUUAGCUCCUACAGAUGAUCAAAGUCCUCAUGAAUACAUUCGGCAGCAUAUCGACAGUAUCCAUCAUUAUGCAGGCACGUGCAAGAUGGGACACUCUGAUGAUCCAAUGGCGGUAGUUGAUGCCCAGCUCAAGGUGAUUGGUAUUGAAGCGUUGCGAGUAGUCGAUGCUUCCAUAUUUCCGCAAGUGCCGGCAGGACAGAUCUGCUUCCCCGUCAUUGCCUGCGCUGAAAAAGCUGCGGAUGUGAUUUUGAACAACGUGUACUAA